AUGCCGAAACGUAAGAAGGCCCAAGAGUACGGAGUGACGGGAUGGUGUCGAAACACGAAGGAUGAAAAGGUCGAGGGCGAGGCUCAAGCCAGUGAAGAAAUCCUAUCGAAAUUCUUCAAGGAUGUAGACAAUGGCCCAAGAUCUGCUCGUGUAGUUAGAGUCUCCCAGGAAGUUCGGCAAAUCAUCGAGGAUGAAAAUGACUUUGUUGUUACUCGUUGA